GUCAUGGCUGAAUGGGUCCCUCCUGCACAGUCUUCAAGGGGGGCUUCCGGACUGCAGGCUGCCCCUCCGCCAGAUGCCAGCUUUGCCAAAGAAGCCCAGUUGCAGACAGCCACAAUCUCCCUGUGGACGGUGGUGGGGGCCGUCCAGGCCAUGGAAAGGACGGUGGAGGCGCACACCCUGCGGCUGUUGAGCCUGGAGCAGAGGUCGGGGACGGCCGAGAAAAGGUUCGCGGCCUGUGAGAAAGCCUUGGCGGAGCUGGGGAGCCAGCUGGAGAGCCGGUGGGCGGUGCUGGGCACCCUCUUGCAAGAAUACGGGCAGCUCCAGAGGAGGCUGGAGAAUAUGGAGACGCUGCUCAAGAACUGGAACUUCUGGGUCCUGCGAGUCCCUGGGGGCUCCUCCGGAGAGGCCGCCAAGGUAAGCGGGGCGUGCUAG